AGUGGUUUUAGCUUUAAGAAUGCGAUCCAGUGAAUGUGCGACUACUCUACUCUCCCUGUGCCUCUGCGUCUUCUCCUUUCUCACUCUAUUCACAUUUUUCACCUUUCAUUCCCUCUCUGACUCUGUUCCCAGCAUUUCCAGAUUCCGGUGACCUCGCCGCCGUCUCUCCGAAACAUCCGCCAGAUCUCUGCCACUUAGAUCCCCAAUAUUCCCCUCCCCAUACUUAGCUACUACAAAAUUUUGGUUACUCUCUCCCGUGAUCGCUUAAAGACUGAGGCUUUUCCUCGAAUCUCUUCUGAUGCUUCGAAAAAGAUAGUUCUUUCUUUCACUUCUAUUUCUGGAGAGAAUCUAUAGUCUUAGUGCUCCAAUCACAUUUCUAGAGUUUCUGGGCCAUUUCAGAGACUGUCGGUCAGAUUUAAAAAUCCCAGAAUCUGAAGAAUUCAUUAACAUUACCGAAAAGGUGUCAUCUUUCGUUGAAUUCUCGACCCAAUUCUGGAAAUUUUCGGAUCCUACAUUAUACCCAAAGACGCAAUCUUGCUCUGAAACGUGAGGGAAAAUGAUAUGUUCCGAGUAGCGGGGAAAAGGAGUGAACUUUGGGGAUCAGGGAAAAUGGUGUUGAAGAAAGCGGCGGCGGCUUUCAGGGAGAGCCGGGUGGAGAAGCUGAGAAGCUCUGUAAUUUUUUCACGGUCAAGAAUGAAGCUGUGGAUGAUAAGGGCAACGACGUCGGUUUUGCUGUGGACUUGCUUCAUUCAAUUGACUACCUUUGGGGAGACUUGGGGGCCGAGGGUUUUGAAGGGCUGGCCUUCUUGCUUAUCCCAGGAUUCCAUUUCAGCAAUGCAUCUUAAUGCUGCCCGAGAUGUCCCAGCCACUGUUCUUCCACCUAAGAGGAUUUAUAAAAACAAUGGUUACCUAAUGGUUUCUUGUAAUGGAGGACUUAAUCAAAUGCGGGCAGCAAUUUGUGAUAUGGUUGCGAUUGCAAGAUAUCUGAAUGUUACUCUUAUAGUUCCUGAGCUUGAUAGGACCUCUUUCUGGGCUGAUCCGAGCGAGUUCCAUGACAUAUUUGAUGUUGAUCGUUUUAUCACGUCCUUGAGAGAUGAAGUUCGGAUAUUGAAAGAGCUACCUCCGAGGCUCAAGAGGAGAGUGGAGCUGGGAAUGUUUUAUUCCAUGGCGCCUAUUAGCUGGUCCGACAUUUCUUAUUAUGAGAAUCAGAUUCUUCCUCUCGUACGGAAAUACAAAGUUGUCCACUUGAACAGAACUGAUUCCCGUCUAGCCAAUAACGGUCAGCCCUUGGAGAUUCAGAAGCUGCGUUGUCGAGUGAAUUUUAGCGCCCUGAAAUUCACGCCUCAGAUAGAAGAGUUGGGUAGAAAGGUUAUCGGACUUCUCAGACAAAAGGGUCAUUUCAUCGUUCUGCAUCUCAGAUAUGAAAUGGACAUGUUGGCGUUCUCGGGCUGUACCCAGGGGUGCAACAACGACGAGGUAGAAGAGUUGACAAGAAUGAGAUAUGCUUAUCCAUGGUGGAAGGAGAAGAUCAUAAAUUCGGAUUUGAAAAGGAAAGACGGUCUAUGCCCCUUGACUCCCGAGGAAACCGCCCUUGCACUAAGGGCGUUAGACGUUGAUCCGAGUAUCCAAAUUUACAUUGCUGCCGGAGAGAUAUAUGGAGGAGAGCGAAGAAUGGCUAGUCUAGCAGCAUCUUAUCCAAACCUGGUUAGAAAGGAGACACUAUUGGAUCCUUCCGAUCUUAGGUUCUUUCAAAACCACUCAUCCCAGAUGGCUGCAUUAGACUAUCUUGUUUCACUUGAGAGUGAUAUAUUCGUACCUACAUACGAUGGAAACAUGGCAAAAGUUGUCGAGGGUCAUCGCAGAUAUCUCGAAUACAAGAAGACGAUCCUUUUGGACAGAAGGCUUCUGGUGGAUCUGAUAGACCAGUAUAUCGGUGAAUCAUUAACGUGGGAUGAGUUCUCUAACGCUGUUAAGGCAGCUCACGCUGAUCACAUGGGGAACCCCGCUAAAAGGUUGGUCAUUCCGGACCGACCCAAGGAAGAGGAUUACUUCUACUCCAACCCUUGGGAGUGUUUACAGCCAUCAAACGAGGAUGGAGCGUUAAGUAGUAGCAGUAGUAUCUAAAUCACGGGGGCAGUAGCAUACACGUUUAUAUAAAUUUAGUAAUCGAAAUUCAUGUAUAGAAGCCCUGCCAUUGAAGGGUUAUAUCAACUGCAGUGUACACAACAUAGAUUUUGUUUCAUUGGAAGCAAAGGUUGUCUGUUUGUCAGCU